AUCGGUCCUUUCCAGCAGACUCCCAGUUCCCGCUUCUGCACCAUGGAUUCCCUGAUGCAGGUGGUCAACUUCGGGCCCGGGCCCGCCAAACUGCCGCGCUCGGUAUUGUCAGAGAUACAAAAAGAAUUAUUAGACUACAAAGGAGUUGGGAUUAGUGUUCUUGAAAUGAGCCACAGGUCAUCAGAUUUCUCUAAGAUUAUUAACAACACAGAGAACCUUAUGCGGGAAUUAUUAGCCAUUCCAGACAACUACAAGGUGAUUUUUGUACAAGGAGGUGGGUGUGGCCAGUUCAGUGCUGUGCCCUUAAACCUGAUUGGCCUGAAAGCAGGAAGGUGUGCCGACUAUGUGGUGACGGGAUCCUGGUCAGCUAAGGCCGCGGAAGAAGCCAAGAAGUUUGGGACUGUGAAUAUUGUCCACCCCAAACUUGGGAGUUACACAAAAAUUCCAGAUCCGAGCACCUGGAACCUCAGCCCGGACGCCUCCUAUGUGUAUUACUGCGCCAAUGAGACCGUGCAUGGAGUGGAGUUUGACUUUAUCCCUGAUGUGAAGGGAGCAGUGUUGGUCUGCGACAUGUCUUCAAACUUCCUGUCCAAGCCAGUGGAUGUUUCCAAGUUUGGUGCGAUUUUUGCUGGUGCCCAGAAGAACGUUGGCUCUGCAGGGGUCACGGUGGUGAUCGUCCGAGAUGACCUGCUGGGGUUCGCCCUCAGAGAGUGCCCCUCGGUCCUGGAUUACAAAGUGCAGGCCGGAAAUAACUCCCUGUAUAACACACCUCCCUGCUUCAGCAUCUAUGUCAUGGGCUUGGUCCUGGAGUGGAUUAAGAACAACGGCGGUGCAGCAGCCAUGGAGAAGCUUAGCUCCAUCAAAUCGCAAAUGAUUUAUGAUAUUGUUGAUAAUUCUCAAGGAUUCUAUGUAUGCCCAGUGGAGCCCCAGAAUAGAAGCAGGAUGAAUAUUCCAUUCCGCAUCGGCAACACCAAAGGAGAUGAUGCUUUAGAAAAAAGAUUUCUCGACAAAGCUCUUGAACUCAAUAUGAUCUCCCUGAAAGGGCAUAGGUCCGUGGGAGGCAUUCGGGCCUCUUUGUAUAAUGCUGUCACCAUUGAAGAUGUCCAGAAACUGGCAGCCUUCAUGAAGAAUUUUUUGGAGAUGCACCAGCUAUGAGCACAUCCUAACCAAUAUACAUUCUGCCCUUGAACAAUGUACAAAAUUGAAAGUCACUUGGGCAUGGCUAAAAAAACUCAACGUGGUAUUUUUCUCGAAUGAACAUGCUUAUGAUAGAUUUUCUUCUUUUUUCAGAGAACAGCAAAACAUCCACAGCUAUGCUAAGCUGUUGAAACUUAACCUUAAUUCUAACUUGAACUGGAAGCUUUUAAAAAAUCUUCUCUUGCUUUUCUACCAAAUUCUAACUACUGUUGUCUUUGCUGCUACUUUUUCUGCCUAGAUCUCAUAUUCAAAGCUGCCUAUGAGUUUAAUUAUAUGCAAACUGCAGGUUAUUAAUGUUUAGAGACACACAAACACACAGCAUGGAGGGUGGG